AUGGUUUUACCAGACUCAUUUGAUAUCAAUCUCAAGCCUUCAAACAAAUCUAUGGUCCAAGGAUGUCCCGGUGUACCCAAAACCUAUCCCGUUUUAGUUGGAACGUUAGAAAUAAGAUCAGGAACUGGAUUACCUGUCCCUUUAGAAUCUAUUGAACUGAGGUUUGUGACAGUAGAUACUCUAAAGAACAAACCACAUCGUGAAAUCCCAGUAUCACUAAGAAAAGUCAAUUAUGAAACUAAAUACCCCAUUAAUGAUCGUGUGAUUUCAGUUGAUAUCCCAUUCACCAUUGGUAUCAAGAAUGAUAUUGGCCCCACUGCUGAAAGUGCAAAGUUUGGCUCCACUACUCAUAAAUUAGAAGCUACGGCAAUUUCAACAGGUACUAAAAAUAACGUUAAAACUUUUGAAUUCCCAGUUGUGAUCACCACAUAUGACACAUUACCACUUUACAGACAAUUUAACGAACCAAUUUCAAGAGUUGUCGAUUCAAAAGAUACCCAUGUCAUGGUUGAGUAUUCUUUACCAUCUUCAGCUAUUGGACCUGGUGAGGAUUUAGUGAUUAAUACCAAAAUUUCAACAAAUCCAACAAGUAAAAAACUUGCUGAUAGAGUGAAAUUGAAAAAAAUAACAAUGGAAAUUGUGGAAAUUUUUGAUUGUCGAUGUGAUAGAUCUUUCAUUAAAGAAGCUUUGAUAGCUCAAAAAUCUCAAGAUUAUGAUGGUCUUUAUCUUGGUGUUAAAGGAUUUUCAAAUCAAUUCAGUAUAACGUUCAACCCUAAUAGAAACAACAAAUAUUCAUUAUUUUUAAAACAUCAAGAUCCUAAACUAUUAACCAAAGUUCAACAAACCCAUCCAACGAAUGAUCUAAAACCACUAAUAAUUGAACGUCAACAGAAUCCAAUCCCAUUAACUCAUCAUCAACCAUUAACUAAAAGAUCAAAUUAUUUUAGCACUUAUUAUGAACUUCGCGUUAAGUGCAAAUUUUCUCAUGCUAAAGAUGUGGAGAUCCAACAACCAAUCACUAUAGCACCUUUUGAUCGUGUUAAAUCUAUACAUUUAUUGAAAUGGAUCUUGAAAGAAUCUGAAAUGGCUAGUGAAUUCUUGAGAAAGAUUGAAAAAGAAUUAGGCAAGAUAUCUUAUGAUAAUAAUUUUGAUACAUUGGUUUAUCCUCAGAGAAAGAUGUCCAAAAUGAGAUCUAAAGACGAUCGUGAAAGAUUUCAAUAA